GAAUCGAAAACGCGUCCAAUUUCCAACCCGAAAUUCGUAAUGGCUCUAAAGAAGAUGAUGAUGAUGAUGAUGAUGUGGCUGGGAUUGUGGUUGGGAUUGUGGUUACCACUGGCAUCGGGUGGUUCAUGCCGAGAGGCACAGCUCUGCUGCAAUGGCCGCGACUCAUCCUGUGUGGUUCAAAAGGCUCCGAUUAAUGCCAUCAUCGAGGAUCUGAGCGAUAAGCCGUGCUAUUGUGAUCACGCCUGCCUCAAGCUCGGCGAUUGCUGUGACGACUUCAAGGAUCAUUGCGGUGUGUUGGACUGUCAGGUGGGCGAGUGGGGAGCUUGGAGCGACUGUGACAAGAGCUGUGGCACUGGGAUGAUGACGCGCACGCGCCAAAUAAUUCAGGCGGCACAAAACGGUGGCAAGCACUGUCCCUCCAUGUUGCAGAAGCGCGGUUGCCAGGGUUAUCGCUGUCACGGACAUCGUGAUAAGAAGAUUUUGCGUGAAAUGGCUCUUCUUCUUCCCGCAGCCCUCUCCCACAACAAUCGGCGUGCGAAUGACAGCAGCGAUAUUCAUCGUAACCUGCGCUCACGAUAUCGCGACUCCUAUAAACACAAUCGGGAACAUGAAUACUGCGUAGAGUUUGAGGUGAUAAAAUCUUCCAAGGCCUGCCAUAAACUGCCGCCCUACAAUCUGAUGUUAGAAGGCGAUCGCAUAAUAGUGCGCUGUGACCUCGAGGCUCUAAUUCAGGACAAGGAGAGCGCGACGGCAGCAGAGAGCAAGCAGAGCGGCAGCAGAGGAGCAGCAAGAACAACAACAAGCACAGCAACAACAACAACAACAACAACCACAACCACAACGACAAAGAAAACAACAACAAAUGCACACAAAACUUAUGGCUAUGUGAUGGAAGACGGAGACGAGAGCAACGAGGAGGACAACGAGGAUGAGGAGGAGGGACAGGAGCAAGAGGAGGAGGAACCAGAGGAAACCGAAGAGGAUGAUGCACAGAAUAUGCUAGAAACGGAAGCGGAAACGGAUGCGGAGGCGAAUGCGGAAAUGCCAACGGAAACGGGCAGUAACGAAAGCACUAACGACUACAAGCGUCAGAGGCCACGAAAUCGUCAGCGAUCCACAAAGCGCAAUGCAAUAUUGCCCAUAUUGCCGCAAACAUUGCAACAACAGCAGCAACAGUUGCUGCUGGGCUAUCAUUGCCGGGGUGAGGGUCUGUCCGGCCGUACGACGCGCUGGAGCGCCCUUCCCGCCCCCUCGUGUCGCGGCAAGUGGCUUCGUCUGACAAUCGGGCCGCCCAAGAAAUGCAACCAUGCGCAGUUCUCAUUCGUCUAAGGCAACAAUUCAAUGUCUUAUCAUCUAUUUUUUUUUUUAAAUAUUGACAAGUCAAUAUAUAGUAUGAAUAUGAGUAUGUGUAGGGUAUACGCCUAGUCUGUGUAGCGAGUUCACACAGAGAAAGUUCCCCAACAAAUUGAAGACAAUUUGAAGAGCGCUCACUCAUUCAAAUCAUAUCCUAGCAUCAUAUCGAAACGAACUACAGCACCUUCCAAAAUUCCCCAACACACGCAUAAAGAUAGAGA